ACGCUUUUGUCGCUGUUCUGAUCGAAAAUUCAAGUUAUGAAUAUCAGCAAUGUUACAUCAGAAAGGAUAAACAACAGAUAACAAAGCAUAUACGGCACCUACGACAGGCCAAUUUUCAUGAUUGGUCGUUGUUUAGAGGAUGAUGAAAUGCAGCUAUUCUUGUCUAUAUGAAUUGGUAGAGCAAGAAGGAAUUAUUAGAAGCUAACCAUAUAUGGCUAUGGAGAUCCAACUUUUGUCCAAACUUGUAGUUUCUUUCGUGUUCGUUGGUGUUUUAGGACUGUUUUUCAGGGUGUAUAAGGCGGUGGUGGCAGAGCCAGGGAGGCUUCGUUCCGCACUCCGCAAUCAAGGGUUGCGUGGGCCGUCGCCUAUUUUCCUUCUUGGUAACAUAUUGGAGAUUAAAAAGGCCAGGGAUGCGGCUACCAAGGCCGCCAUCGGUAACGGUCCACCAGCCUCCCACGACUGUGGCGCGGCCAUUCUUCCCUUUUUCAAUGAGUGGAGGAAGAAAUAUGGGGAUGUGUUCCUGUUUUCAAUUGGCAACGCGCAGAUGGUGCACGUGACUCGACCGGAGAUGGUGAGGGAGAUAACUACAUGCACGUCAUUGGACUUGGGGAAGCCAACAUAUCUAGAAAAAGAAUUAGGCUCUUUACUUGGACAGGGCAUUCUCACUUCAAAUGGACCUCUAUGGGCUCACCAGAGAAAGAUUCUUGCACCUGAACUCCACAUGGACAAAGUUAAGGGGAUGAUAAGUUUGAUACAAGACUCGGGGAUCGCGUUAUUGAAUUCAUGGAGGAAUAUAGUUGAGAGAGAGGGUGGAUUAGCAGAUAUUAAUAUUGAUAGGUACAUGAGGAGCUUCUCAGGGGAUAUAAUCUCUGGAGCUUGUUUUGGGAGUAGUUACUCCAAAGGGGAAGAAAUUUUCUUGAAGCUCAGAGCCCUCCAAGAAGCUACAUCCAAGAAAGCUUUUGCCACAGGGAUUCCAGGCAUGAGGCAUCUACCGACAAAGAGCAACCGGGAGGCAUGGGCACUUGAGAAAGAGAUCAAAGCAUUGAUCUUGAAUGUGGUGAAGGAAAGAAACGAAGCGGGUUUUGAAAAUGAUUUGCUGCAAAUGGUACUUGAAGGAGCUAAAAACAGCAACCUGAGCCAAGAAGCAAUUGAUCAAUUCAUCGUCGACAACUGCAAGAACAUAUACUUGGCUGGGUAUGAGACUACAGCAGUUUCAGCAACAUGGUGCCUAAUGCUGUUGGCUUCACAUCCUGAAUGGCAAGAACGAAUCCGAGCCGAGGUUCUUGAUAUCUGUAAGGCCGGCCAAAUCCCAGAUGCCGAAAUGAUUCGGAAAAUGAAGCUGCUAACAAUGGCCAUUAAUGAAUCGCUACGCCUAUAUCCUCCUGUGCCAGUCAUGUCGAGGGAGGCCUUAAAGGACUUGAAAUUUGGGGACAUAAAUUUUCCCAAGGGUGUGACGCUGUGGCCAUUGGUGACAACUUUACAUACGGACCCUGAAAAUUGGGGGCCUGAUUCCUACCAAUUUAACCCUGAAAGGUUUCGCAACGGGAUCACUGGAGCAUGCAAGUUGCCCCAUUUCUACAUGCCAUUUGGGGUUGGACCUCGGGUGUGUUUAGGCCAAAACUUGGCUUUGGUUGAACUCAAGAUAUUAAUAUCAUUGAUUUUGUCCAAGUUCUCAAUCUCCCUGUCUCCUAAGUACGUUCACCUGCCAACAUUCAGAUUGGUCAUUGAGCCUACCCAUGGAGUUAAUCUUUUGAUUAAACAGUUGUAAUUAAUUAUCACACCCAUUAGAAUGAUUGUAUUUCUUCCUUUGUACUAAAAUAGUAAUUUGUACUUUCUUUAUUUUUGACUUAAUAAUAAUUAUGCAAAUAUUUUGUUUU